UUGACACUUCCUCGGCAGAUCGCUUGCCGCACCAGGUUCCAGCAACGAGGUCUCAACAGCUUCUCACUUUACCUGGAAAGUUUUGUCAUCAUGCGUGUUGUGGGGGCGUGGGUGGUGGUAGUGGUGACAGCGUGGGCGGUGUUGGGUCUGAGCUCAGCCGCCAAGUUAGACCACUUGGGGAAGUCUGCAGAUUGCGACUGUGACCCAGACAGUGGUGGCCCGGGCAGCAAGACUCCGGUGGGCAGCUUCUUCGUAGCUCCGCUUCCUUCAGGAGGAACACACACCUCCUUCGCUGGAUUCGGUUCACCUUCUAAAUCAAAACCUGGAGGUGGAGUCCAGGGAGCGGCCUUCCAGACGUCGGUCGUUCACAGUGGGUCUGCACCGGGAGUUCCUGGCGGAGUUGGUCAGGGCACUGCUGGGUCGUCUUUGGGAGGUUCUUUCACAUCCUUCGCUGGAUUUAGAAAGGGAAGUGGAAGCCAUAGCUCCAGAGGCUCCUUCCAGUCUGGUUCCUACACCUCGUCACAAGGCACUGGUGUGGGCGGCGCGGUCACUGCGACCGCACAAGGGCCUCUGGCUGCAACUCGGUCGGGAGGUACAGGGAGUGGAUCCUCCUUUGGUGCGCAUGGAUCAUCGGCUGGCUUUUCCAAGCCUGCAAGUCCAUUUGGUGCUUCAGGUUCUCCUGGGAGCGCAGGAAGGCCUGGGACUGGUCAGGGUGCUCCUGGGUCGGUUUUGAGUGGUACUUUCACAUCUUUCGCCGGAGUUAAGAAAGACAGCGAAAGCCAUGGAACCAGUGGCUCUUUCCAUUCUGGCUCUUUCACCUCGUCACAAGGCACUAGUGGGGACAGUUCAGUCACUGGUGCUGCAACUCGCUCUGGAGGUACAGGGAGUGGAUCUCCCUUCGGUGCGCGUGGAGCAGCGGCUGGCCUUUCCAAACCUGCAAGUCCAUUUGGUGCUUCAGGUUCUCCUGGGAGUGCAGGAAGGCCUGGGGUUGGUCACGGUGCUCCUGGGUCUGCUUUCAGUGGUACUUUCACAUCCUUCGCCGGAGUUAAGAAAGGUAGCGGAAGUCCUGAAACCAGUGGCUCUUUCCACUCUGGCUCCUUUUCGUCACAAGGCACUGGGGUCAGUUCAGUCACUGGGGCCGCACAAGGGCCUCUGGCUGCAACUCGGUCUGGAGGUACAGGGAGUGGAUCCCCCUUCGGUGCGCAUGGAGCGGCGGCUGGCCUUUCCAAGCCUACAAGUUCAUUUGGUUCUUCUGGCUCUCCCGGUAGUGCAGGUAGUUCUGGAAGUAGUUUCUCGUCUCGUGGAAGUCCUGGAAGAGGGUCCACAACAUCUGGAAGUAGAUACUCUUCAUCCUCAUAUAAAACUUCGUCUGGUUCACCAGGAUCUGGAAAAUUCGAAAGUGGAACAUCUGGAAUAGGAGGAAGGCCUGGAAGUGGAUCUGGCUUUUCUGGAAGUGGGUUAUCAUCCUCUGUUGGUUUAAGAACUGGAUCCUCCAGCUCUGGAAUAGGAUCUUCUUUCGGUGCUCCUGGUUCUGGACUCGGAUCCUCAGCUAGUUCAACUCAUAGUUCUGGGAGCAAAUUUUCGUCUGAUACCACCCAUGGAUCUUUAUCAGCGGGACCCAGUACCAAGUUCUCAACUGGUGCUUUCACCAGCGAUCACAAACCAGGAUUUGGAGCACAGAGAACGGGAUUUGGAUCCCCUGGUUCUGGAACGAGUUUCCAGAGCUCCAGUAGUAAAUUUUCUUUCACUAAGGGUUCAGAAACUGGCUCUGGAAGUCCUGGUACCGGGUUCGGCGCUAGUACUGGAGCCGGUACUGGAGUCGGUUCAGGUAUUAGUACAGGUACAAGUUCCAGAUUCGGCGCUGGUGCUAGUUCCAGUACGGGUUCCGGUGCACGAUUUGGAGCCGGUGCUGGUUAUGGUGCUAGUGCGGGGGCUGGUUCUGGUACCGGAUUUGGUGCUGGAACUGGUGCUGGUACUGGUGUUGGAUUUGGGGCUGGCGUAAGUGCUGGUACUGGUACUGGUGCCGGAUACGGUACUGGUGCUAGUACUCGGGAUGGCUCUGGUACUGGUUCUGGUGCUGGGUUCGGUUCUGGUACUGGCUCUAGCUCCAUAUUCGGUGCUAGUUCUGGUACUGGUUCUAGGUUCGGUGCUGGAUUCGGUUCUGGUACUGGUGCUGGUACUGGUACUAGUUCUAAAUUCGGUGCUGGUGUAAGUACUGGUGCUUCAUUCGGUACUGGUUUUGGUACUGGAGCUAGUUCUAGCGUUGGUUUUGGUGGAGGUUCUCCUGCAGGCAUUGGUGCUGGUUCUGGCGCAGGAUUUGGAGCUCAUGGACCCGGUUCAAGUGGUUCUACAGGCCAUGUAAGUAAGUUCACUUCAACGAAGACUGGAGCCGGUUUUGGUGCUGGUACUGGUUCUAGUUUUGGUGCUGGUGCGGGUACUGGAGCUGGUACUGGUGCCGGUUCUAGGUUUGGUGCUGGUGCAGGCACUGGUGCUGGUUUUGGUGCUGGUACUGGGACUGGUACUGGUGCUGGUGCGGGUACUGGAGCUGGUACUGGUGCCGGUUCUAGGUUUGGUGCUGGUGCAGGCACUGGUGCUGGUUUUGGUGCUGGUACUGGGGCUGGUACUGGUGCUGGUUCUAGUUUUGGUGCUGGUGCAGGUACUGGAGCUGGCACUGGUGCUGGUACUGGUGCUGGUUCUGGUUUUGGUGCUGGUGCAGGUACUCGGGCUGGUACUGGUGCUGGUUCUGGUUAUGGUGUUGGUGCAGAUACUCGGGCUGGUACUGGUGCUGGGGCUGGCACUGGUACUGGCUCAAGUUUUGGUGCUGGUGCAGGUACUAGAGCUGGCACUGGUGCUGGUUUUGGCGCUGGUACUGGGACUGGCACUGGUGCUGGUUUUGGUGCUGGUACUGGUACCGGGGCUGGCACUGAUGCUGGUUCAAGUUUUGGUGCUGGGGCAGGCACUAGAGCUGGCACUGGUUUUGGCGCUGGUACUGGUUCUAGUUUUGGUGCUGGUGCAGGUACUAGGGCUGGCAAUGGUGCUAGUUCUAGUUAUGGUGCUGGUACUGGUUCUAGUUUUGGUGCUGGUACAGGUACUCGGGCUGGUACUGGUGCUAGUUUUGGCGCUGGUAUUGGGGCUGGCACUGGUGCUGGUUUUGGUGCUGGAACUGGUACCGGGGCUGGCGCUGGUGCUGGUUCUAGUUUUGGUGCUAGUGUAGGUACUCGAGCUGGUACUGGUUUUGGCGCUGGUACUGGGGCUGGCACUGGUGCUGGCUCUAGUUUUGGUGCUGGUGCUGGUGCAGGUACUCGGGCUGGUACUGGUACUGGUUUUGGUGCUGGUACUGGGGCUGGCAUUGGUGCUGGUUUUGGUACUGGUACUGGUACUGGUACCGGGGCUGGCACUGGUGCUGGUUCUAGUUUUGGUGCUGGUGCAGGUACUCGGGCUGGUACUGGUGCUGGUUUUGGUGCUGGUACUGGGGCUGGCACUGGUGCUGGUUUUGGUACUGGUACCGGGGCUGGCACUGGUACUGGUUCUAGUUAUGGUGCUGGUGCAGGUUCUCGGGCUGGUACUGGUGCUGGUUUUGGUGCUGGUACUGGGGCUGGCACUGGGGCUGGUUUUGGUACUGGUACCGGUGCUAGCACUGGUGCUGGUUCUAGUUUUGGUGCUGAUACAGGUACUCGAGCUGGUACUGGUGCUGGUACCGGGGCUGGCACUGGUACUAGUUCUAGUUAUGGUGCUGGUGCAGGUACUCGGGCUGGUACUGGUGCUGGUUUUGGUGCUGGUACUGGGGCUGGCACUGGGGCUGGUUUUGGUACUGGUACCGGUGCUGGCACUGGUGCUGGUUCUAGUUUUGGUGCUGAUGCAGGUACUCGAGCUGGUACUGGUGCUGGUACCGGGGCUGGCACUGGUGCUCGUUUUGGUGCUGGUACCGGGGCUGGCACUGGUGCUCGUUUUGGUGCUGGUACUGGUACUGGGGCUGGCAGUGGUGCUGGGUCCGGUUUUGGUGCUCGUGCAGGUACUAGGGCUGGCACUGGUUCUAGUUCUAGUUUUGGUGCUGGUACUGGUUCUAGUUUUGGUGCUGGUGCAGGUACUAGAGCUAGCACUGGUGAUGUUACUGGUUCUAGUCUUGGUGCUGGUGUAGGUACUGGGGCUGGCACUCGUGCUGGUUCUAGUUUUGGUGCUGGUGCAGGUACUGGGGCAGGUACUGGUGCCAGUUCUAGUUUUGGUGCUGGUACUGGUGCUGGCACUAGGGAUAGCAGUGGAUCUGGUUCUGGUGCCGAAUUUGCUUCCACCAGGACUGUUAGUGGUACUGGUGCUGGUUAUGGCUCUGGUUCUAGUACCGGCUCUAGGUUUGGUGCGGGUAUUGGAACUGGUUCUAGUUUUGGUACUGGUACAGGUGCUGGGGCUGGCACUACUGCCGGUUCUAGUUUUGGUACUGGUGCUGGCACUAGAGAUAGCAUUGGAUCUGUGUCGGGUGCCGGAUUUGGGACUCAUGGACCUGGUUCUAGUGGUUCUACUGGUCAUGUGAGGACCCAAUUAACUUCUACGAAGACUGGUACUACUUUUGGUGCUGGUACAGGUGCUGGUUCUAGUUUUGGUACUGGAGCUAUUGGUGCUGGUUCUGGCGCCGGAUUUGGAGCUCAUGGGCCCGGUUCCAGUGGUUCUACGACCCACGCAGGUAGUAAGUUUACUUUCACUAGGGUUGGUGCUGGUUCGGGUGCCGGAUUCGGGGCUCAUGGUCGGCCAAGUGGUUCUGGCGCUGCCACUGGUCCAAGUUAUGGUGCUGGUUCUGGUUCUGCUGCUGGUUCUGGCUCUGGUUUUACUUCUAGUGCUGGUUCUGGUUUUGGCUCUGGUGCCGGUACAGGUACUGGAGCUGGCUCUAGCUUUGGUGCUGGCACAGGUUCCGGUUCUAGUUUUGGUGCUGGUACAGGUGCUGGCCAUGGUGCUACUUUUGGUGCUGGUGCCGGUCAUGGUACUGGUUCUGGUGCUGAUGCUGGCUUUGGUACUGGUACUAGUUUUGGAGCCCAUGGAAGUCCUAGUGUAGUUGGUUCUAGAGGUUCUACUCAUGUAAGUAGUAAAUUCACAUCCACUGGGAGUGGUACUGGCUUUGGAACUCAUGGUGGUUCUGGUUUUGGUGGUGCUGGUACCGGUUCUGAUUCUGGUUUUGGUGGUGCUGGUAUUGGCUCUGGUUCUGGCACUGGUGGUGCUGGUACAGGUUUUGGCAGCCUUGGGGGUACUGGUAUUGGCUUUGGAUCCCAUGAUAGUGCUGGUUUUAGAGGCCAGGGUGGUGCUGGUACUGGCCUCGGUGGUACUGCUGGUACAGGUUUUGGUGCUGGUUCUAGCGGUGGUCUUGGAGGCGCUGGAGGCCAUGGAACCAGUGGUUUCAAAGGAGCAGCUGGCCAUUUCGUCAGCGGAUUCAGUGCUGGUGGUCCUGCGAACCGGAUAUCUGGUACAUCUCAGAGCCACUCUUCUUCUGGCUUCAGCAGUCAAGCCUUCUCUUCAUCAUUUGUGUCCUCUGGCUCCUUCACUUCCGGCGGAUCAGUGCACGCUGGCUUCUGCCCCAACCUGACCGACAAGUGCUCAAGCAAGCCUCUAAAGAACCCCAAGAAGUGCACUAAUGACGACUCUUGCGCCUCGACUGAGAAAUGUUGUUUCGACACCUGUCUCCUGUACGGCCCAACAGAACACUUCGUCUGCAAGCCUGCACUCACUAAGGCUCCUGGAUGGUAGCCUGUAGCGCGUCCGUGUGGCGGGGAUGAGGGAUGGUUAUGACAGUAUAAGUAACAAGCAGUAGGGACUUAUGUAGUGUAGUGGUGGCAGCUCGUAGCUACAGUUGCAGACUGGUGGCUGCUGGAGGAGUCUUUACGGUGAGAUGAUGGCCUUCGUAAAAAUAAUUGACAAAAUAUUGUCUUCUCUCUUUUUGGUGACCAGUGUUCCCACAAUGAAAUUAUACCCAGCGGGAUCGAGAUGAUGACGUUAGUGAUGGUUUCAAAUUACUUAAAGCAACAAAGGAAUAAGGAGUGUAUUUUAUAUUUAACGGUAAAUGAAAUAAAAAGCUCGCAUAGGCUAAGAGCUUGGCACUGUCAUUGUUUUUAUCUGUAAAGUGGGGAAGAUAGUGGUAUAUCCUUCUGAACUAGACACGAUUGUUCUCGCUGUCAAGUCAUUAAUUACUGUUGCUAUACGAUUCUGGAAUUUUGCCACACUGCCACCCAAGACAUGAAGAAAUAAAGAAUGCAGUUAUA